ACAGAGAGAGAGAGAGAGAGAGAGAGAGAGAGAGAGAAACCAGAGAGAAAGGAAGGGGAACAGGAAGUUUGGAAACGGUGUCCGAUAGAUAUGGCAAUGGUAGUUGGUGCGUGGCGAGACCCCCAAGACGAUGUACCAGGAAACCAGGGAACUCAACCGUCGCAAGCACCUCCUGUCCAAGGACCACCAGCCGGGGCCCCCCACACCCCACAGACCCCUGGCCAAGGGGGACCUCCCAGCACUCCAGCCCAGACCAACCAGCCCAGCCAGCAGAACCAAGCCGGAGACAAACAGCAGCAGCAGCAGCACAUUGAGUGUGUGGUUUGUGGGGACAAAUCUAGUGGCAAACAUUAUGGCCAGUUUACCUGCGAGGGUUGCAAGAGUUUCUUCAAGAGGAGUGUAAGGAGAAAUCUGAGUUACACUUGUCGCGCCAACAGGAACUGUCCUAUAGACCAGCACCACCGCAAUCAGUGUCAGUACUGCCGCCUCAAAAAAUGCCUCAAAGUUGGCAUGAGACGGGAAGUUUCUUCUUUAUUCACUGCAGCCGUCCAGAGGGGCAGAAUGCCACCCACACAGCCAACUCAUGGUCAGUUCGCCUUGACGAAUGGAGACCCCCUCAACUGUCAUUCCUACCUAUCCGGAUAUAUCUCCCUGCUCCUGCGAGCCGAGCCCUACCCCACGUCGCGCUUUGGGAGCCAGUGCAUGCAACCCAACAACAUCAUGGGCAUCGAGAACAUUUGCGAACUGGCCGCUCGGAUGCUCUUCAGCGCGGUGGAGUGGGCCCGGAAUAUCCCUUUCUUCCCCGACCUCCAGAUCACAGAUCAGGUAGCCCUGCUCCGACUGACCUGGAGCGAAUUGUUUGUGCUCAACGCCGCCCAGUGCUCCAUGCCCCUUCACGUCGCCCCACUCCUGGCAGCGGCUGGCCUUCAUGCCUCGCCCAUGUCCGCUGACCGAGUGGUCGCCUUUAUGGACCACAUACGUAUCUUCCAAGAACAAGUGGAAAAACUGAAGGCAUUGCACGUCGACUCGGCAGAAUACAGCUGUUUGAAGGCCAUAGUCCUCUUCACUUCAGAUGCCUGUGGUCUCUCUGAUGUAGCCCAUGUGGAAAGCUUGCAGGAAAAGUCGCAGUGUGCUCUGGAGGAGUAUGUUAGGAGCCAGUAUCCCAACCAGCCAACACGAUUUGGAAAGCUUUUGCUUCGCCUUCCCUCUCUCCGCACUGUCUCCUCUUCUGUCAUAGAGCAAUUGUUUUUCGUCCGUUUGGUAGGUAAAACCCCCAUAGAAACCCUAAUCAGGGAUAUGUUACUGUCUGGCAGCAGUUUUAACUGGCCUUAUAUGGCAAUUCAAUAAAAAAAAAAAUAAGGGGAAUGAAACAGAGAAAGAAAAGGCAAAAGACUGGUUUGUUUGCUUAAAUUCUUUCUGUUAAGAAAGGAUAUAAAAGGAUGUUACAUUUGCUAAAAGAAGAGAGGGAAGAAUUUAAUGGACUGUGAAUUUUAAAAAAAAGACUGUCAAUGAACUUUUACAGAAUGCAUUAAAAAAAAACUCCUGUGUCGGUCAGAACAACUUGCUACUUAUCAUUUUUGUAUAAAAAAGGAAAUUAGUCUUUCUUUUUUUGGUAAACUUUUAAAAAAAAAUCGCUAAAAGUGCAUUUAAGGAGAUUUGGAGAAAAUUAGCAGAAUGGAGAAAGUAAGUCUUUUUUUUUCCAAAUUUAUUAAUUGUCCUGUGUCUAUGUACCUAUAGCUGUUCUUUUUUGUAUUUUUCUGGUUCCAAACCAGUUUAUUCUGUGGUUCUAUAAUAAUUUUUGAUAUAAUCUUGGCUUCUUAAAAACUGUGUAUCCUUAAAAUAUAUGUUCUGCAAGAAUUAAAACUGAGUCCACGAAAAUAUCAUAGGAAGACAUAAAACUUUAAAAGGCAAAGUAAUGAUGGAAGCGCACUUAUAAGUGGUGACCAAAAUUUAGCUGAAGCUGAGAGCUCUAAUUACAGACCCGAAUGAACCACACACAACACGUAACACCCCCCGCCCCCGCAAAAAAACAAAAAACAAAAAAAAACUUGCUUUUUUUGAUAUUUUAAGAAAGAGAAUGAACUGUGGAAUUUAUUGGCGGUCAAAGGAUGUGUCCAAGACACAUGCUGAGGUUUUGAAUAAAAAGUGAACUUUUGUAAUUUGAAUUGGGUCCCGCAUAGUUCUUGAAUUGUUAUGAAACUCCUAUAUCUGUUUGUAUAUUUGCAAACCCUUUGUAUUAUAAUAAUUGUUGAUAUUUUCCCUUUUUAAAAAAAAACCAUUGAAAUCAGCAUGAUAAAAUAACACUGUUGGCACUUAUAGGUAACGUGAUUGAUUCAGUAUCUUAGAGUUUACAGUUUGUGUUUAAAAACUGAAGGUUUUUUUUUAAGUGCAACAUUUCUGUAUACUGUAAAAGUUAUAAUAACUGAACUGUUUGGUCGAGUCUUUGUGUGUUAUAUUCCAAGGAAAAUUGAAAGUAUUCAGAAAUUAAAAUAUUAUUUGAUAUCUGAA